UAUACUUCAAGUAUUGUCAAAUUUUUAUAUGAAAUAUUUAUAAUAUGGCCCAGGGACGAUCGGUUACAUAAUGUAAAUAAGGCCAGUUAGUAACUGUCCGAAAUGUGACAAGUGUGCUUUUUUAUAUUGAAUAUAUUUAUAUUGAAUAUCGGUCGUAUUAUCGCUAGGGUAUACAGCCCAAAAGUUACUGUUAAUUCGAGUUGUUCGAUAUGUGUGAACGUAUGUGAGCAUACUUAUUUUAAUGAGGAUACGCCCAGAUAUGAGUUUCUGGAAAUUGCCAACGAAGCGCUCAAAGCUUCAGACAUAAGGCCAAGAAUUCAAUUUGCAGCAGCAAGUGGGCAGCAGCAGCGACAAUAGCGAAUGCUGUCCACACACUUGCAGUCCACAGAGGUGUGCUGCAGCUGUUACUCACCACGGAGCAGACACCAACAGGCACCAGCCCCAACCAAUACAAGCAACGGCUGCCAUUUUGCAUAUAAAAGAGUGUCGCGUACGUGCCGCACUUCUCUCUUUCUGGGCGACAGUCAAGUCACGAGCGUAUUUUGAACGGCACUUGUGCAACCGACCGAGCAACCAAAGCCGUUAAAAAGCUCACGAGUGUGGAUCGUGUUGCCGCCCCUGCCGUUGUCAGUGCUUGUGUUUAGCUGCGAACGCUUUCCAAAACUCACCACAGCGCCAGCAGCUGCAGAUCGACAGCAGCAGCAGCAGCAGCAAGAGAGGCGUCCGACGUCGUCGCGUGUAAUAAAAGAAGCAAAUUUGAGUUGGUUUUGGGCUUUGGCGUCAGCUUCGAGAAAUUGUGCGCGACAACGUAGCAAACAGUGUAAAUGGAGCUUUGAUAGCGAACGGAAGGACAAAACUACUGCCGCUGCUCAAAGCUGAUCUCAACUCGAGUGUUUUUUAACAUAGUGAAAAUACAAAAAAUAAUAGAAACUGCUGCUGGCAUAUCAUAGAAACUGUGCGUGUGUUUUUUAACUCUACAAAAUGGCAAAACUCUUUGUUGUUUUUGCCGUUUUGGCUUUGGCGGCCAUUGGCGCAGUCAAUGCCGAAGAAGUGCGCGUUAAGCGUCAGGCCACAACCGAGGAGCCCAAGAAGGAAGAGUCUUUCGAGAAGGAGCUGUGCAAGGACAAAGAUGCCGGCGAAUGGUUCCGUUUGGUGGCUGGCGAAGGUGACAACUGUCGCGAUGUCAUUCAGUGCACCUCAUCGGGCCUGCAAGCCAUUCGUUGCCCAGCCGGUCUGUACUUCGAUAUUGAGAAGCAGACCUGUGACUGGAAGGAGUCGGUGAAGAACUGCAAGAGCAAGAACAAGGAGCGCCGUGUGAAGCCUCUGCUGCACACAGACGAGCCGCUCUGCCAGGAUGGUUUCCUCGCCUGCGGUGAUGGCAACUGCAUUGAGCGCGGCCUUUUCUGUAACGGCGAGAAGGAUUGCUCAGAUGGUUCCGAUGAGAACACUUGCGAUAUCGAUAACGAUCCCAAUCGCGCGCCACCCUGCGACCCUGCCGUCUGCGUGCUGCCCGAUUGCUUCUGCUCGGAGGAUGGCACCUCGAUACCCGGCGAUUUGCCAGCCAAGGAUGUGCCCAUGAUGAUCACGAUAACGUUCGAUGAUGCGAUCAACAACAACAACAUUGAGCUGUACAAGGAGAUCUUCAAGGGUCGCAAGAAUCCCAAUGGCUGCGACAUCAAGGCCACAUACUUCGUCUCCCACAAGUACACCAACUACUCCGCGGUGCAGGAGACAUCGCGUAAGGGUCACGAGAUUGCUGUGCACUCGAUCACGCACAACGAUGAGGAGCGUUUCUGGUCGAACGCGACGGUCGAUGACUGGGCCAAGGAAAUGGCCGGCAUGAGGAUUAUCAUUGAGAAAUAUGCGAAUAUUACGGACAAUUCGGUUGUGGGUGUGCGUGCGCCAUAUCUGCGUGUCGGCGGCAACAAUCAGUUCACCAUGAUGGAGGAGCAGGCCUUCCUCUACGACUCGACCAUUACAGCUCCGCUGUCGAACCCACCAUUGUGGCCAUAUACCAUGUACUUCCGCAUGCCCCAUCGCUGUCAUGGCAAUCUGCAGAGCUGCCCCACGAGAUCGCAUGCCGUGUGGGAGAUGGUGAUGAAUGAGUUGGAUCGUCGUGAGGAUCCUGCCAAUGAUGAAUAUCUGCCUGGCUGUGCCAUGGUGGACUCCUGCUCAAAUAUCCUGACUGGCGAUCAGUUCUACAAUUUCCUGAAUCACAAUUUCGAUCGCCAUUACGAUCAGAAUCGUGCACCGCUUGGUUUGUACUUCCAUGCCGCCUGGCUGAAGAACAAUCCCGAGUUCCUGGACGCAUUCCUCUACUGGAUCGAUGAGAUCCUGGCCAAUCACAAUGAUGUGUACUUUGUGACCAUGACACAGGUGAUACAGUGGAUGCAAAAUCCACGCACCAUCAGCGAGGUCAAGAACUUCGAGCCCUGGAGGGAGAGGUGUGUGGUUGAGGGCAGGCAAGCCUGCUGGGUGCCAAAUACCUGCAAGCUGACCUCCAAGGAGGUUCCCGGGGAGACCAUCAACCUGCAGACCUGCGUCAGAUGCCCCAACAACUACCCAUGGGUCAACGAUCCCACUGGCGAUGGUUUCUUCUAAGUCAGCGUGUGAGAGAGUAAGAGAGAGAGAGAGAGCUCGAUUGUGAGAGAGCGAAAGAGAGAAAGAGUGCGUUCGCAUCCGCAUCCAAGCAGCCCCAAUCCAAAUUCCUACAGUCACCUACAAACAACUCGACUUUUAUUAUUUCAAUAUACUCAAGACUUCUUUUAUAUUGUACUCUUUAUUUUGACUGUGUCGCGUUUAAAACGCUACAAAAACGCGCUCGGCUAAGUCUGCUGUGUUACGUUAUUGAAAAAAAAAAAAAAACAAAAAACAAAACAAAACAAUGAAAAGAAACAAAAAGAACAAC